AUGACAGGAACAAGAGCACUUUGUGUUCAUCCAGAACACCCAAUAGUUGACCUGCACAAGUCUCCCAAGCCACAGGGAAAUCCUGAAGCUGGAGCUGUGUUGGUUCGUAUCACUGCAAGGCCAAUCCACGCUUUGGAUCUCUCCGUCAUCAGGAAAAAGUUCAUCAUCCCAGGGAGUCCAACAAAUGUGGGUGAGGGUGUUUCAAGCGUGAAAAGGGGCGACAGAGUGAUCCCGUUGCUGUUCUGGAGCUAUUUUAUCAGAAAGGGUGCGGGUUCCUGGCAGGAUUAUGUAGAAGUUCGUGAGGAGGAAGUAAUUCUAGUCCCAGAAGAGAUGCACGAUGACACUGCAGCACAGUUUGUGAGUAAUCCCUGGACUGCCUACUGUAUUCUCCAGGAUCUGGGUGUAGCUUCUGAAGACUACAUCUUGCAAAACUGUGCUGGAUCGGUUGUUGGCAGACUGAUCAUCCAGAUUGCAAAACACUGGGGCCUUAAAACGAUCAGUCUUGUGAGAAGAGACGAGCUCAAGGAAGAACUGAGUGCAAUUGGAGCUGAUGUCGUUAUCAAUACCACCAAGGAAGGAAUCGAUAUGCUAGGAGGAUAUUCAACGAAAUUAGCAGCGGCAAACGUUCGUUCUGGUGGUAAGCUCGUCACCAUCGGUACCUUGGAAUCAACAGACCUCGUCAUCUCCUUCAAUGACAUGUGGAGGAACAUUCAUCACAAUAUUUGGGGCCUGAUUAACUUCCAAGGAGAUAAACACAAAGUGGCAGAAGAGGUGAUGCAGCUGUUCAAGCAGGGAAUUAUAGAAACACCUGGUUGCCGUAGGUUUGAAUUUGAAGAGUAUCACAAAGCUAUUGAGGAAUCUGAGAGAGUUGCCAGUGGGGGCAAGGUCUUACUUGUUUAA